AAUUGAAGCCUCCUGGUCACUCACUGCGCGGCUUUUCAGCAGCGUCCCGCCCCCGUCAUUUCCUGCCCCCUUCGCUUAUCAAGCAACAACACCACCACCACCACCAGCCACAGACAAGCAGCGCGUCGCGAUGCCUCCCAAAGCAGCAAAGGCCGCUGCCUCCAAGGCGGCUUCCGACGCCAAAAAGCCCGCCGCGACCAAGACUGGCGCAAAGGCGACUUCAAAGACCGCCGCCGCCGCCUCCAAGGCGACAACAGCCAAGGCCGCCAAGGCCGUCAAGAAGGAGCAGAAACCGGCCAAGCCCGAGACGAACGGCGUCGCCACCAACAAGCGAAAGGCUUCAGAGACGGAGAGCGAGAACGAGCAGGACGUUGUCGUGGAGGAGCCCCAGCCCAAGAAGAGCAAGACGGAAAAGGCGCCUCGUGCCGCCGCCGUCCCAAAGGUCAAGAAGUCGGCCUACCCCGAGAUUGGCAAGAAGAUCAACGACGCUCCCACCCAGGUUCUGGACAUUUAUGUCUUCGGCGAGGGCACCUCGGGCGAGCUUGGACUGGGCAGCAAGCGCGUCGGCGGCAAGAAGCCCAUCGAUGUGAAGCGCCCUCGACUCAACGAGAACCUGUCGGCCAAGACCGUCGGCGUUGUGCAGAUUGCUUGCGGCGGCAUGCACGCCGUCGCCCUCACCCGCGACAACAAGAUCCUCACCUGGGGCGUCAACGACCAGGGCGCUCUGGGUCGCGACACGACCUGGGAGGGCGGACUUCGCGAUGCCGACAAGGCUGACGACUCCGACUCCGAGGAUGAGGACGACACCGGCAUCAACCCCAAGGAAAGCACGCCCAUUGCCCUCUCCGAGGACAACUUUGCGCCCGGCACCAAGUUCGUCCAGGUCGUUGCCAGUGACAGCGCCUCCUUUGCGCUUACGGAAGACGGACGUGUGUAUGGAUGGGGCACUUUCCGCUCCAGCGACGGCAUUCUGGGCUUCACGGAGAACGUCAGAGUGCAGACGCGGCCCGCGCUCAUUGCCGGCCUCAAGAACAUCAAGGCUCUCGCCUCCGGCGCCAACCACAUCCUCGCCCUCGACCACAAGGGCAACGUCGUCGCCUGGGGCUGCGGCCAGCAGAACCAGCUCGGCCGCCGCAUCAUCGAGCGCAACAAGAUGUCGUCUCUCGUCCCUCAGGGCGUCGGCCUGCCCCGAGGCAAGAUUGCCAAGAUUGCCUGCGGCUCAUACCACAGCUUCGCCAUCGACAAGGACGGCGCCGUCUGGGGCUGGGGCCUGAACAACUUUGGCGAGAUUGGAGUCGAGAGCAACGCCGGCGAGGACGAUGCCGUCAUUCUCAAGCCCGUCAAGAUCAGCUUCCUCGCCGACCACACCGUCACCAGCAUCGAGGGUGGCAUUCACCACUCUCUGGCCUGCACCGACAAGGGAGACCUCUUUACUUGGGGCCGUGUCGAUGGCUACCAGGUUGGCUUCGAGCUCGAGGAGAUUGACAAGGUGGACGAGGAGUAUGUCAUCCGCGACGAGCGAGGCGCUGCUCGAAUCCUGGUCAAGCCCACCAAGCACGAAAAGCUCUCUGGCAUUGUUGCCGUUGCCGCCGGUACCGACAACAGCUUUGCCAUUAGCAAGGACGGCAAGGCCUACUCCUGGGGCUUUUCGAGCAACUACCAGACCGGCCAGGGCACCAUCGACGACAUCCACGUCCCUACCCUGAUCGACAACACUGCCACGAGAGACAAGAAGAUUAUCGGUGCCGGCGCUGGUGGACAGUACUCCGUUCUCAUUGGCCUGGCCGAGGACGUUCCCGCUACCAACGGCGAGGCGAAUGGCGCCCACUAA